AUGGAGUUCAACACGGUGAGUGUGACGAAAGAAAAACAGAGGAGCAGUUUGUUUGAGACGUCUUCAACUGUCCAAGUGGAACCAAAAGAGCGGCUGCACUUUUACCCAGGAGGCCGAGUGUUUCAGCAGCAUCUGAAUCUCGGUACCUACACCCUAACAUUCCCUGGAAGAGAAGAGGGGGCCGAGACACAGAGAAGUGAAGAGAGCUGCUUACAGGGGGAGGUGGAGGAGCUGAGGAGACAUAUCCGUCUUCACAGGGACAAAAAGGGAAGUGUCACAGCGACACAUGUGGUUCCGCAGCCCUGCUCUAACGGCCUGUCCGUGGUUACCAUAGAGACCUGUAGCACAACAAAAGAAGAAGGGGGAAGUCCGCCGUCAUUGGAGCAAAGAGCACAGGGGGAGGACUCUGCCGCUGUCACUCACAUAUCCUGUACCAGUGCAAAGCUUUGUCAGGGGCAGGAAGCCGGGGGAGAACAGAAGGGAGCCCCGGCUGCCAACUCUCCUGCAGGACGCUACAGGAAAAACAAAAAGAGAACUAGAAAAAACACCAGACACGCUGCAGAAUCUCCAGGAAAUAACAGAAGCACCCCAGAGGCCAAUAGAGGGAGCACACCGCAGCCUGCAACAGGAAGUACAACUGAGACCGAUGGACCUAUUUCACCCAGAGAACCAGUGGUGGCAUCAGUGAAAGUCGACACAAAAACAGAAGAGACUCCAUUACCCAUAAAGCCAGAGUCUGGACCAGGUGGAGAUAGGAAGUGUGCUGGCAGGAAAGCAGCGGCCUUGCCCACCAUCAACACCACCAUAGAAAAACAGGAAGCAGAGAAGUGGGAAGCUGAGCCAUUGAUAUGUGAGCGAGUUGUAGAGACAGGAGCACAGACAGAGCGGGGGGGCACUGGAUGUCUCCCAGCAGGACCGGCUGAAGUCAACCCUGAUCUGGAAUCAGCUGCAGUAACCAUGGGUCAGGAACAAUCGAAGGAUCCCCAGGAAAGCCUGUCAGACGCAGAGGAGCCGGGCCAACCUGACACUGUGAACAACAGUCCUCAGAAUACCAACCCCAAGUCCCCCGACAUGGACAUAAAACCUCGGAGAGGGCUGUGGCGGGAUGGAGGCUGGAUGGGAAGCACAGUGGGAUCCCCCCCUCAAGGACUAGACACCGUAGCACACACUGUCUGGUAUCAGGGUGAAAACCUAGACCAAGGUGCUGAUGAAGACUGUAACAGAGAGGAAGUGAGAUCCCAGUCAGUUUGGUAUGACAGUGACACACCAGAUCAGAGCAAACAGGAACAGCUGGAGCAGGGAAUGAGGGAGCAGGAAGAAUGUGAUUUGGGCUCGGCCCAAGCUUCUGGUCUUAGUUCUCCACAGCUGUUAGAUCAGGGACUUGCUUUUCAUCAACUGUCCUCAGCUCUUAGUCAGCCACAUGCUGCUGGAACACAGCCAGCACUAUCACAUGGGCCCCGGGCACAAAGACGGGAAGUGCACGGAUCACAGCCAGAGGAGGAAGUAGGGCCGGAGUGGAAGGAGGGAGGAGUGGAGGGGGACGGAGAGGAGGUUAGUAACAGAGACACCAGUCACAGCAGAAAGAGUUCUGAAACGGCAGACAUCGAGGAGGGAGAAGAGAAGCAAGGGAGCGGAGCAAAGGGCAGAAAAAAGAGGAGGAAGAAGAGGGGAAGGAGAGGAGGCGGGGAGGCCAAACUUAGCUCCAGCUCAAGCAUAGACUCUCUAAGUCAGAGAGAACAAGUGACAAACCUGAACUCUCAGUCAGAGAAAGAGUCCAAGGAUAAAACAGGAAGCGGAGAGGACGCCAUGCAUCUACCCAGCCAGACAGAGUGCCAGACCAGGGCCACUCAUGUCCCCGACUGCGAUGCCACCAACUCAGACUGUACUGGUUCCACUCAGGAGUUUAUUCCCGCAGACAGGAAAACAGAUCAGACGGCUUCACAGACUCUAGAAACAGAAGGAUUAUCAGAGGACGACAUCAUGGACGUUCACGGACCGGAUCACUUUAGCACGGAUUCUACUGUCACUGCUUCAGAGCUUAGUCAAACGGACAUGAAAAACGCAGAGGGAGAGGAAAUAACAAGUGUUCAACCAGUUGGAAAGGAAAUACUUGAGCCUACAGAGCUGGAAUCAAACGGGCUUGCCGGCCUGGUCCAACAAACGUUGGAUUAUAUGGAUAUAAAGGCAGCGUCCGAAAAUAAAGAUUUGACGGUUGACAGUAAAGAAGAGACAUCAGUGGAGCGGACUGUUUUGGUGGAAUCUAACUCUUUAAAGGAACUUACUGUCAAACUUUCAGUUCCUACAGAACUCACAAAGGAAAUUGUGGAAUUUCCUGAACAGAAUUCACAGCAUGUAGAAACUGUUGCAUCAAACAAACUCAAACAGCCAGUGGAUCUCAUGGGAAGACCCUUCAUGGAAUCUGUGUGUCCUACAGAAGCUGUUGGUGUGCCAUUUGAAGCUACAGCGGAUGUUUUACCACUUGAAAUAGGGGAAGGAAGUGCUGAGACGACUGUGAGGGAAAAUUUGGAGCAUUGUUUGGCCGCUGAGAUGCUGAGAGAUCAGCAGCACAGGGAGGAAAAUACCAACAAGUUGUGUGUGCGUGAAGAGGAAGCGAGUCAGGAAAGAAGUAGGAGUCAAGAAGAUGACGGUGGGACGGUUAAUGCCAAGGAGCUGUCUCACAUAGACAAAGAAAAAGAGCAGAACUACAAUGAAAACAUAGCAGCCACAGCAAUAGCAGUUGUAGCGGUAGCAAUAGCAUCAGCUAUGGCUAGCAUAGAGCUAAGCCAAAAGAUAGCAGAUGAGCUAAGCCAAAAGAUAGCAGAUGAUUUACUGAAGUUGAGGAACAAAGACGAAGAGACCUUUAAACUAGUAGAAGCUGAGACAGAAAAGCAUUCAGAUACUGAACCUACUGAUCAGUUCCCCUCUACAGAAGCUAAUGUUGAAGCAUCCCAGGACUGUGUCACUGAGGUGUUGCAGUGUAGUGCUGAGACAGAGAAGCCAGCAGCAGCACAGCUGGCUAGCAGGCAGCAGGCUAACCUUGACCUGUCAGCACUUGCAGACACUCCCAGUCUACCACAACUCGACAAAGAGGAAUUCCUAAGGGAGAGUAGGCUUAACAAAGUCUUUACAUGUUCUCUACCCGAAGAGAACCUUUUGCUGUCCGUUGAUAUCAAACCUUUGCAGAAAAAGACUAGCAACGAGGUAGACAUCCAAGGUCAUACGCAGAUAGAACUCCCUGGUUUUGUUCCAGAAAAGAAAGAUCCUUCCUGCCCUGAUUCUGAGGACAGUCUUGGAGAAAACCAGGAUCAGUCUAUCUGUCAGGAGGAGAGGGGUAUACAACAUCAGCUUUUAGAAUCCAUCACUGCCGAGGCUGAAUGCAGUCAUCCACACAGCCAAGCGGGUGAGGAAAGGGAGAAUGGUGAGCAAGCUUCCAGGGAAAUGUCAGACCCUGAGCUGGAUGGUCCGGUCCAGACAGCGUGUGAAGCAGACGUUCCCAUUUUGCCACCUCCUGUUACCCCCUGUAACUCAACUUCUAUGGCUGAUCCCGGUCCAGAGGAACUCCCUUCCCCUGUGCCAGUGGAAACAUACCAGUCAUCCCAGUCUUUAGAGGACCUGACCCUUCUCCCUGCUACCCCUCUUGGUGCUUGCAGUGAUAAGUUCCAGAGCGAAGGCCAUGAGAGUGUUGCUAUGAAUGUUGCUGAGGUUGGCGUGUUUGAGGGGAAGGACACUCUGGAUACAGUGGAUGGAUGGAAGGAGAGAGAAAAUAAGAAGGUGAUGAGGAAAGACAUGGUCUCACUGGACGACACACCCUCGACAGCCGAGGAAGAAGAAUGUCAGCAGAGCAGGAACGAACCAGACGACACGCACACUCUGCAG